UAGAUAAUACACUUGAUAAUAAUUCAUGAGUAGGUAGGUAAUUUUAAAACUUGGGUAGAAGACCGCGUAUGUAUUGAAAUUAAAACAUAACUGUGAUAAAUGAUACUAUCAACAAGCACAUAAACUAAAACAACUGUAAUUUACUAAAACUAAACUUAUAACAAUUCCACCGAAAAUGGCUGAAGAACUAAAGCCCGUAAAUGAAGAAGACUUAAAGCAAUUGAAAGAACGUAUGAAUCUUAUAGCCAGUGCAGACCCAGCUCAGUAUCAUAACAGUUAUUCUCUCAAAAGAUAUUUGCGUGCAUUCCAUACGGUCGACAAUGCAUUCCAGGCGAUCCUUAAAACAAAUAAGUGGAGAGUAGAAUAUGGAGUUGCUGAUUUACACAAUAAUAAAGAACUAAUAGAAAAAUAUUCUGAUAAAGCUAAAGUGCUCAGACACAGGGAUGCCAUCGGAAGACCGAUUAUAUACAUUCCAGCCAAGAACUAUAACUCUAGUGAUAGGAACAUUGAUGAGUUAACGAAAUUCAUUGUCUAUUGCUUGGAAGUUGCAAGUAAUAAAUGUUUUGAAGAAGUGGUGGACAACUUGUGUAUUGUUUUUGACUUGAAUAAUUUCACACUAUCUUGCAUGGAUUAUCAAAUAUUGAAGAACUUAAUAUGGUUGCUUAGUCGUCACUAUCCUGAGAGGCUAGGAGUUUGCCUCAUAAUCAAUGCCCCCACAUUUUUCUCCGGAUGUUGGACUGUAAUCAAAGGAUGGUCAGUAUUAAACUUAGAAUUGUGGGAUAAGCUACCACUCAGACUAAUUCUCAAAAAAAAGAAUCCUUUACAAAAUUUCCUAAAAAUAUUAUAUAAAAUAUAAUAAUAUAGUUAAUAUAUUAUAAUAAUUAUCAUUUUCAAUUUAAAAUCUCGUUUAUUAGACUUAUUUGUGUUUUCAGGCUGGAUGAGAACACAGCUGGUAAGGUGACCUUUGUGAGCUCAGAGAUGGAUCUCUGUAAAUACUUCAUACCUGAUAUAUUGCCAACUGAUAUGUAAUUAAUAAACGAAUAAUUUUGAAAUGUUUUAAAGCAUUGAUACUAAAAUAUACAUAAAAAUGUGUGUGUCAGCUGCAAUUUGUAACUGGAGUUUACACAGUGCGAGAGUGUGACAUUUAAAAUACCAUAGGCAAAGGAGAAUAUGUAAAGCAUGUAUAUAUGUUACAAUAAUAACUUUAUUUUAAUUUGAUAAAACAUGAUACUGUAUAACACAUGGUACAAAAAAUAAUACACAUGCUGUCAUCUAUGGACAGGGACAAUUACCAUGUUAUUGUAUUGUGUACUAAACACAUGGUUUUAAGCCGUGAUUGGAGCAUCACUAUGCUACAAAAAUUUAUCUAUUUUUAAUAUUACACUUUCCAAAAUAUUCUUGAACAAACUUUAUGCCUUGUUGCAUUCCAAUGAGGGGUAUAUGACAAUGUGAAAUUAUGUUGACAAGUGACCAUAGAAAUAUAUAUUCGUCUUAAGAAAUAUUGAAACAUAGUUUCAUGUUAUUCCAACAAAGUAAUAUAUUAUCUGCAUACAAGAUUUAUGACUAUUUUUCCUUCUCAGAGUAUAAGAUUGAAGCAUUAUGUAUUUUUAUUUUAUAAUGUACUCAAAUUUAUUGAUAUCAAGUAAUUCUCAGUGAAUGUAACUAAUUCAUUCGGAAUUGUUAAUUGUGCCAUGAUAGGAAUUAAUACACCCAAAAUUCAGCAUUACGGUUCCAACGGUAUGGCUAGAGUACAGGUCAUUACGUGGAGGGAACAGGUAUGGAACACCGACUAUGUAACAUAAAGUGCUCGUCAAAAGGAGGUAUUUAAUCAUUAUUGUACGCAUUUUAUCUUAUAUUAAACGUAAAAUUUAACUAUUCUAAUUAAAUCAGCUAGUCUCUAAAAAUAAGCAAAUUUAGUAGUCAUUACACACUCACCAGUAUAGGUUUAUAACACCGAAUUUCAUACCAAACCCUUAUGGUACACUAGCGCCAUUUUCGUCACCUAGUGUACUUAUAUUAAAAGCUUCAAAAUUAACUCUCCUUGAUCCCCGUUUAGGAUUUGUCUUCUAUACUCUGCUUUCCAUGUCCUCGGCAUUGAUAAAAUCAGUUUAUUGUGACGAGACGUUUCAUGUGUACAAAUGCAUAUUGUGUGUAGAUAGCUAGUUAUUAAAUUCAAUUUAAUCCAUCGAGAAUUCAAAACUUCACAAUAAAAUAAAAUAAAUUGUUUUGCUAAAAUACGACCUAAUUAACUUGAAUGUUUUAUUAAUUUUAAGACUUCAUCAUUCUAGUCUAAAUACCAAUAAAAACUAGAAUUAUUAUUCCUUUAAAAUAGUAAUAGUCCAUUAUUAUAUUAUAAAAAUUAAUAAACUUUAACGUCGCGUGGGUUUGUUUUAAGUGACAUUUUAUAAACUGCACAAAAGCAGUUUAAAUAUCUAAAAAACUUAAAAUAUCAGUAAUGGCUAAUUAGCAAUGCAUUUUAUUACAUCUCCAAACAUAUUUGGAAAUGGUUACAAAUGAAAUAGUAUAACAGACUUUCGUUAUUGUAAUUAAGUGACAGAUCUUUUCAUGAGUUGUGGAGGAAAAAAUAUUAAAAUUGUUGUUUCAUUGAAAAAUGCUAUUAGCCUAAAUGCGUUAAGGCGGUAUUCAAUAUUAAAUUUGAGACGGACCAAGACAGCUUAUGUCUGGCUUUUUAAUUUCUGAUAUACACCACCCUUGGUUGACUGGUAGAGAAUGCCUCAGGCAUUAAGUCCGCCAUUGUACUUAUGUGCAUUAAGUUGAAUAAAUAAAUAAAUAUGGUGAAAGGUAAAACAAACUGAAAUUUGGAAUAAGCUUGAAGGCCCGAAGUCGUUGUCGCGUAGGAAAGUAGCUGCCUCCAAAUUUGUAUGUUAGAUACUAUCUCGCUCAUAACAAUAAUCUCCGAAGAAUACCUCACCUCAGGUAAAAUAGUUGUCUAAUAAAAGAAUAUACGUAAGUGGAGCGGAAACUCAGAAUAAAAAUUGUUCUACGUAAAAUAUAAUUAUUAUUGGACCUACAUGUAGAUCGACGACUAGCUUAAUUAAUACACAUACCUACUAAAUAGUGCCGUGCACUGUCGUGAUCUGGUAUUAUUUUUAAAAUAAUAAACUUUGAGGGAGAGAUCAGGUAAAACGCCAUGCUUAUGAAACUACAUACCUAUAUUAAUUGUUUUACAACAUUAGAGCUAUGAGAACCUUUUCAUAAAAAUAUAAGACAACUCGCAGUAAUCUUAUUAAUCAUCCUUACUAUGGCACGUGGCACCCAACUUAACCGUGGACUCGCUAAUCAAAGCCAAAAAAUUCACAUUUUUCAUUUUUGGUUCAUUGACUGAAAACAAUCCAUAUUAAAGUGACUCAUAUCACUGGUAACAAGUUUUUUUUCAGGAUUCAAAGUUUUUUUCCAAUAAUUAUUUUUUUAGGUUUUGUAGGUAACUGUAAAAAAAACUUAUGAAACAAUGUCCCAUUAAUUAUUAAUUGUUCAGUUUUCCGAAAUACUUAAUAACCUAAUCGUUAGGGCUCAUUAAAGUAUGAUUCAUUGUUAUUGUACACUAUUGUAAACACAAUAGUGUACAAUAAAAAAGCAUUUGUGAAAUAAGAUGUAAAAUUGGUUUUCAUUAAAUAUGUUUCAUCAAUAUAGUAAAUUAUGUAUUCUUUUUAACUGAAACGGCAUAGCUAACGAGAUGAAACCCGUCUUAUGCAAAAAACAUUAAUUUUAUAGUCAUCUGUAAAAAACAACUUAAGAAACAAAUUCUUUAUAUGUAAUGCUCAUUUUAUGUCCCAUUAAUUGUAGAUUGUUAAUCUUGCUAAGAUUCAUAAUACGUGUAAGUACCUAAUCGUUAAGACUCUUUAAAGUAUAAUUCAAUGUUAUUAUGUACAAAAAAAUAUAUUUGUGAAAUAAAAUGUAAAAUUGGUUUUUAUGAAACAUC